UGAUCUAAAAUGAGACAAACAAAAAUAUGAUGAAACAUUAUUCCAUGUUGGAGAUAGGAAUGAAUUUAUUUUGUUGAUUUUUACCAGACUAUUUAAAUGGAUCCAAUGACAGACGAGCAAAUAAACUUUGGGGAGGAUGAGUAUGGGGGGUCUCAGAAAAUGCAAUAUCCAAGAGGUGGAACCAUACCUGCGCUUGCAGAUGAAGAACCAAUGGGUGAGGAUGAUGAAUAUGAUGAGCUAUAUAAUGAUGUUAAUGUUGGAGAAGGUUUCCUACAUAUGCACCAUCUUGAGGCUCUAAGCCAACCAGGUGGUAUGGCCAAUAGUGGUAGUGAGGGGCAACAAGCCAUUAAUAAACCAGAGAUUGGAUCUGUUAGUUACCCAUCUGGAUCUUCUAUUUCUCAAAAGGUGGGUGUCAUGGACAUGGCACGUGAUGCCCAAGUCAAAAACCUGGGUUUUCAAGGAUUGGUGUCAGCACCUUCCAAGAUUGGGGUUAAUCCUUUUGACUUGCCACAAAAAAUUGCCAAUGACACUGCUCAGUCACUCAACUCUGGUGCUGCUAGCCCUCAAGGUACCCCAAAGAUUCCAACAAACCAAGUGGGUAUGAAUUCCAAUCAUUCUAUGGUGAAUGAAAAUCAGAUUCGGCCACAUGUAGAAAAUGGUUCAACCAUGCUAUUUGUGGGAGAAUUACAUUGGUGGACUACUAAUGCAGAACUUGAGAGUGCUUGUUCGCAAUAUGGAAGAGUGAACAAAAUUAAAUUCUAUGACGAGAGAGCCAGUGGUAAAUCCAAAGGCUAUUGUCAAAUUGAGUUCUAUGAUCCAGGUGCUGCAGCUUCAUGCAAAAAGGGAAUGAAUAGUCAUGUUUUCAAUGGGCGAGCUUGUGUUCUGGCAUUUGCUUCUUCACAAACUCUGAAGCAGAUGGGAGCUUCUUACAUGAAUAGAACUGAGGGUCAAUCUCAAUCCCAGUCUCAGGGAAAGAGGAUGAAUAAUGGUUUGGGGAAAGGAGGCAAUAUGAAUAAUCAAAGUGGAAAUGCAGGAAGGAAUUAUGGAAGGGGUGCUUGGGGACAGGGGCCCGGGGGGAAGGGAGGCUACAGACAAGGGCCAACAAGUAAUGGAUUUGGGGUUCCUCCUGAUGGCAUGAUGCACCCACAAGGCAUGAUGGGUGCUGGAUUUGACCCAACAUAUAUGGGUCGGGGAGGUUAUGGAGCUUUUCCAAGUCCUGGUUUUCCAGGCAUGCUUCCUCCAUUUCCAGCAGUUAAUGCAAUAGGACUUGCUGGGGUAGCUCCUUAUGUGAAUCUUACUUUCUUUGGCUGGGGUGUAGCUCCUAAUGGGAUGGGAAUGAUGGGUUCUUCUGGAAUGGAUGGUCUUCAUGCGGGAAUGUGGAGUGAUACUAGCAUGGGUGGAUGGGGAGGUGAGGAACACGAUCAUCAGACUAGGGAGUCUAGUUAUGGUGGUGAAGAUGGUGCUUCUGAAUAUGGGUAUGAAGAGGGAAACCAUGAGAAAGGAAGGUCGAGUGCUACUUCACGUGAGAAAGAGCAGCCUUCUGAGCAUGAGUGGUCUAAGAACACUAACAGGAGGGAAGAGAAGGAAGGCUACCGAGAGCAUCGUCAAAGAGACCGUGACUUGGAUUAUGAGGAUGAUUGGGAUAGGGGACAAUCUUCUUCAAGAUCUCGAAGCAAGUCCGGUGUAGUACCAGAAGAAAAACACAGGUGCUAUAUUCAUCUAUUAGCAUUCUCUAUGAUUUCCAUUCAUCUGGAAGAGGAGUGUGGCUUAUUGAGGGACACAGUAAGUUUCACUUUUGUUGCUAUGGGAUUGACUGGACCUCUCCUUGCUAUCAUAUUGAAUUUACGGGACAAACUUUAGAUGUUUGUGUUAGAUACUUUGUUGUUUGUCAGCAAUGUUCCUUACAAGACUUCUACUAAUAUUUCGUUUGUUUUUGUUUGUAUUUGUUUGUGUUAGAUAUAUAUAUAUAUAAUCUGAUUUUUGAUGUCAGUAGAUUAGCAGCAUUCAUAGCUUGUAUACAUUUUGGACUUAUAUUGUGGUGGGCGUCAGAAGGGAAUUAGGUGGGCAGGUGGAAGGUGUGAGGUGGCGUGGCAUCAUUUCAUGCUUGAAUGAAUACUUUAGACAUUC